AGAAGAAUUUACAAAUCGAACCGUGGAGGCCUUCCGUUCGCCCGUCUUCUUCCCCUCUGAUUUCGCCAUGGACAGCACCGCCCCGAACUCUUCCUCCUCCGCCGCCGCAACCGCCGCCGCCGUAGCGGCUGCGGCCGCUUCCGGUAACGGCCUACAAGGGGGCGACCGUCCCGAGGACCCGUCGAAGCAGAACCUGGCGCAGGUCACGGCAUCGAUCCAGAGGACCCUGGGCCUGCUCCACCAGCUCAACCUCAACGUCUCCUCCUUCAGCUCCGCGUCCCAGCUCCCCCUCCUCCAGCGCCUGAACGCGCUGGUGGCGGAGCUCGACACGAUGCAGAAGCUCGCCGAGGAGUGCAACAUCCAGGUGCCCAUGGAGGUCGUCAAUUUGAUCGAUGACGGGAAGAACCCCGAUGAGUUCACAAGGGACGUGCUCAACAGCUGCAUCGCCAAGAACCAGAUCACCAAGGGCAAGACCGAUGCUUUCAAGAGUCUGAGGAAGCAUCUUCUAGAGGAGCUUGAAGAAGCUUUUCCUGAAGACAUCGAAGCAUACAGGCAGAUACGUGCUACUUCUGCCGCUGAAUCAAAGCGGUUGGCUCAGUCGCAAAAUGUUUUGCCUAAUGGAGAUUCCAGUGUGAAAGCUGAGCACUGACAUAAGGACCCAAGACGCGAAGAGCAAGAAGCUCUCUAGCUCUCCUAUGCUUACAGUGUGAGGAAGGCCCUGGGAACAAACAACUGAUACUAUAUCCCCUUGUACGCACUGGCCUUUUAUAGGAGGGAUCAAUAGUACAUCUGUAUAUUAUUGUCGCAAUAAUAUAUUCAACUUCCCAUUUGUUGUAGUCAAUGCUACUCAGCUAGAUUUGCCGUGUUUUUGUCUAUCUAUGUAGCCAUCAUCAGCCAGAAUUGGUAAUUAGGGUACCUCUUUAUAAAUGGGUUAUGGUGCUACUUGCAGUCGAGUAGUAAGUUAAUCUGCUGAUGAGCUCAUCAUCGUGUAUUGGUUUCAUAAUAAUCAUUCCUCAUCA